AUGAUGCGGCUACUGAUCAAACUAGCGGAUGAAUUUGGAGUAGCUGUUGUGAUUACGAAUCAGGUGGUAGCACAAGUGGACGGAGCCUCCAUGUUCCAAAUGGAUGCGAAAAAACCAAUUGGUGGGAACAUCAUUGCUCAUAUGAGCACAACUCGGUUGGGAUUGCGGAAAGGUCGUGGUGAAACCCGAAUAUGCAAGGUCCAUCAAAGUCCCAGUUUACCCGAAGCUGAAGCCACGUUUGCUAUAACCGCCUGGAGGCAUAGACGAUGCUCCUGA